AUGUCAUCAGAUGUAGUGUCUUCUGCAGCAGCGGCUGCUACUAGCUCUGCGUACGUGUGGGAAUCCUCGGCGGCUGCGACUGUGUCGUCCUCAGAUGAUACAUGGUGGUCCUCAUCAGCGACUGCGGCGGCGGCGACCACAGAAUACACGUGGUCCGCUGCUGCUACAUCAACCGCAGCUGCCACCUCCGUCAGCGUUUCGUAUGGAUCUGGUAGCUCGAACUGGGGCGGGUACGAAUACUCUGAAUGUGUGCAACAGUGCAUCGCAUCCUUUGGCGCACCCUCGGCAACGGUCACCGCCUCCGCGACGUACGCUGCUACCACAGCGACUGGCACCUCCAGUGGCACGACACAUACUGUUAUUGUCGCGCCCACCCAGGGUGUUUUGCGGUUCGUGCCUUUUGCCGUGAACGCCACGCCGGGAGACACCAUUUUCUACAUGUGGAAUGCGAACAAUCACACUGUGACGAAGGGCUCAGAGCUUGAAAUCUGUAACGAGACCACAGACGCGUUCGCCACCGGCGAGCAUGAUAAGGGCUUCACGUUCACGGAGAUGGUCAACGACACGGACCCGGUAUUCUACUUCUGCUCCACCCCUGGCCACUGCGAGAAGGGCAUGUUCGGUAUUAUAAACCCCCCGAGCGUCGAGAACAACGCCAACACAUCCGUCGCUACCAUGAUGUCCUCGAUGCUGGCGAACAGCUCCACCCUCGCCGCGAUGUACGCCGCAAGCAACAUUCAGAACAACUCGGCUGCUGCCUCCUGGGGUGACAACAUGGACAUGGGAGCCAUGCCGGAGUGGUCGCAGUCCCUGUUCGCUGAGAACGUUCUGUACACGCGCGCAUUCCUCGCUGCGAACCCGGAGGUCAUGAAAGCCGACGGCACGAUCGACAUGUCUGCCUCCAACGGCACCUGGGUGCUUCCUCAAGAUAUCAGCCAGGCACUUAGCAACAGCACCACAUCAGCGAGCGCAUCCUCGUCGACAGCCGCGGGAGCAUCGUCGACUGCUUCCAGCUCGUCCGCGAUGGCCUCGACGGCCGCGGCCGCGACCAAUGGCGCGCGCUCCACCGCCAUGUCCAGCGGCCUUGUCGGCGUUGCUGCUAUCGCAGCGGUAUUCCUCGCCCUCUAA